UUUCUUGCUUAAACUUGACUUACUUUAUUUUGUUUGUUUACAAUAAUAGAUAGCAGGCUUUGGCAAUGAAAUUCCGUGCAGUGAUGGUGGAUGCUGGACCUAUGAGAGAAUUUACAAAUAUAGUUACAACAAUAUCAAAAUUAUCGAAGGAAUGUGUACUAAGAAUAGCUAGUGAUCAACUGUAUUUUAUCGUAAGCGAUGAGAAUAGUGGUCCAGCACCUCCAAUAUUGUGGUGUGAGAUUCCACAAUCUAUAUUCUUCUCAGAGUAUCAAAUGGUUGGAUUGGAUGAAGAGCAUAAGGAUAUCUAUCUAGGUUUCAGUUCAGGUAAUUUUGCAAGAUCACUCAUAAUGCUAAAAUCUGCGAAGACACUAAAAAUUAAGUUAACUAAGAAACAUUGUCCAUGUCUUACAUUAGAUAUUGAAGUGCCUUCAGCUUGUUCUCAACAGACUCGACAAGUAACACAUGAUAUCCCAGUUGUAGUUAUACCAAGGAAGAUGUGGUCAGAUUUCCAUGAACCCAGAACUCCUCAACCAGAUGUAUCCAUAGAACUGCCAGCACUCAAACAACUCCGUACAACCAUUGAUCGUAUGAAAACAAUGGCAGCCGAGGUGGUGAUACGAGCGUCGGCGGAAGGUAGACUUACAUUACAAAUCAAGACUGACAUGGCCAAAGUGUCUACGAGGUUCAAAGACUUGCGAGUUGAAGCUUAUGGAGGUCCAAUAGACCAUUCAGACUCAGAAAGCGAAACUCAAAGGAAUGAAGACAUGUCAAAAGUGUGCCACUGUCGGGUGGAUGCAAAGAAAUUAUCAAUGUUUCUCAGUGCAGACUCCAUAUCACACAACCGUACAGUAUGUAGUAUAGUGCACAAGAAGUUAGCAAUAUUAUGUUUACAGACUGAAGAGAAUGUUAAAUUGCAGUGUUUUAUUACAGGUAUUGUGUAUUGAUUAAUCUUAUUACUUAAAGGAUUUAUAUUUAAAGUGUGAACUAUUCCGCAACCAAACUGUAUAUCCGAACUCUAUUCAAUGCCCAUUUCCGUAUUUGAUCACCAAUAGAGGUCGUAAUGUUUUCAGUAGCGAUGUCAAUACGAGUCGG